UCGACAUUAUAACCACAUCCUCCCCUUCAAAACAGUUUGUGUCUCCUUAGGGUUUAAUAUUUCUCUCCCAAAAAGUUUUAACAUCAGUUCUUCAUGGACAUUCCACUUUACCACUAUGACCACGGCGGAGACAGCCAAUAUCUUCCGCCAGGUUUCAGGUUUCAUCCCACAGAUGAAGAACUCAUCACCCAUUACCUCCUCCGCAAGGUUCUUGACGGUUGCUUCUCAAGCCGCGCCAUUGCAGAGGUUGAUCUCAACAAGUGCGAGCCUUGGCAACUUCCCGGGAAAGCUAAGAUGGGAGAGAAAGAAUGGUACUUUUUCAGCCUCCGUGACCGGAAGUAUCCGACGGGAUUGAGAACGAACAGAGCAACGGAGGCUGGUUACUGGAAAGCUACCGGAAAAGACCGAGAGAUCUAUAGUUCAAAGACUUGUGCACUUGUUGGGAUGAAGAAGACUCUUGUCUUUUAUAAAGGAAGAGCUCCUAAAGGAGAGAAAACUAAUUGGGUUAUGCAUGAAUAUCGUCUUGAAGGCAAAUUCUCUUAUCAUUUCAUCUCUAGAAGCUCAAAGGACGAAUGGGUGAUCUCUAGGGUUUUCAAGAAAACCGGUUUAGCCAAUACCGGGGCCUCCGGGGGAGAAGCAAGUGCUAUCGUAAGCAGCUGUACCGGUGGGUCUAAAAAGACGAAAGUACCCUCAAUCUCCACAAACUACCGUGAGCAACCAAGCUCUCCUUCCUCCGUCUCACUCCCUCCUCUCUUUGACCCCACCACAACACUCGGCUAUACCGACAGCUGCUACUCCUACAACAGCCGUAGCAGCAAUACAACCCUCACAGCCACUGCGAUAACCGAGCACGUGUCCUGUUUCUCCACUGCCACGACUACUACUGCCUCAGGCUUAGAUGUUAACGUUGACUCAUUCGACCAUCUUCUACCGCCUGCUCCGCCUGGGUUUGACCAUUUUUCUCGUUUUGUCUCUAGAAACGUUUCAACUCUAUCUAACAUAAGGUCGUUCCAAGAGAACUUCAAUCACUUUCCUUACUUUGGUUCGUCUUCUGCAUCGACCAUGACCCCCUCCGUUAAUUUGCCUUCUUCCCACGGUGGCACCGGAAUGAACUACUGGCUACAGACAACCGCGGAAGAGAACGAGACAAAGGCUGGUCUACUUAAUGGUGGACUAGAUUGCGUAUGGAAUUACUAAUCAAAAGAGGCGUUAACUACAUAAGUUUGUUCCCUUCAAGCUUUUCUUAAAAAAAUUCCUAGGACGGUUAUGAUAUAUCUAAGUGUGAUAGAGGAGCUUAAUAAUAUGCCCCCUAGCUUGAUUUUUCGUUUAAUUAUGUAGCUUUUAAUUGUAUCGUCCGUGUUAGUUUAAGUUAAGAAAAGUGUUAUGUGGACUACUUAACGUAUG